UUUGAAUUCGGACUUGCCUAUAGGCUGAUGGACUUGUCACAUUUGAACUAAUUUCUUCCGUAUCGGAAACUGAAGACGCAAGACAAGACAAUCUUUAACAAUUGGCAAAGUUGAUGUUGGAGUUUACAAAGGCAUUGAAAAGACAUAUGAAGGAGCCCCAGAUGAACAUGGAGAGCCUGAGCAAGCCAGAGCUGCUGAUGCUCUUCAGUGUCCUGGAGGGAGAGCUGGAGGCUCGUGACCUGGUCAUCGAGGCACUCAGGGCCCAGUGCAGAGACACAUAUGUGGAGAAGCGCUAUGGGAAGUACAACCUGAGCGACCCGUUCCUGGCUCUGCAGAGGGACAGUGAGGCGUUGGGGGAGCAGAGCCCUGGGGUCCACCAGGCUUCAGCCUGCUCUAGCCCCCUGGCUGUGCUCAAGCAGGUGGUCACCCACUGCAGGAGGAUGCAGGAGAAGAUGCUCGCCCAGCUAGCUGCAGCCGAUAGCAGUCACAAGAGGGUCAUUGCAGAUCUGGAGGAGGAGAGAAGAAGGCAUGCAGAGGACACCGCCGAGGGCGAUGAUGUCACUUGCAUCCUGGAAAAGGAGAGGGAACGCCUCUUGCAACAGCUGGAGUUUGAGCGGGGCCAGGUGCGUCGUCUGGAGAAGGAACAGAAGAGGGUCCUGGAGCAGCUGGAGGAGGAGCGGGUGCAGCACAAGCAGCUCUCCUCUGCCCUGGCCAAGGAGUGCAAGUGGGCCAGCCAGCGGGCCCUGGAGGUGGACCACCGCCUGGAUGAGGCAAACCGUAGGCUGGAGAAGGAGCAGGGAGAGAUCUUGGCCCUGAGGGCUGAGCUACAGAAGGAGAGGAGGAGGGCCCUGCAGAUGGAGGCCAGGGUGGAGGAGCGGCUGGCUGAGUUUGACACGGAGAAGGAGCAGCUUCGCUCUCGGCUCAAGAGGGAAGAGGCCCAGUGCUGCCUGUGGCAGGAGCAGGUGCAGGCGCUGAGGAGAGAGCUUCAGGAAGAGAGGGGAGAUGAGGAGGAGGAUGAGAGGAGAGACUCUCCUGUGGAUAUCAGUGGAGGGUCACCACUACUACGACCACCACCAGUGGAGGGGGGUGAAGAGCCUAAAGUCAACGGUCACGACUGCCUCAGGGAGGACGCCCUUCCACACAGACUGGGCCUGGACAACCGGAGUGAGAACAGCAGCCCUGUCCUGCUGUCCCCUGCCCUCCUGAACCAGAGCCUGUCCCCCUGCAGCACGGGGUCCUCCUCCCUCACCUCCUCCCCGUGCUCCUCUCCUCAGCUGACCAAACGGCUGGCCCUGGCUACCAGUCCCAGCUACCAGUCCUCCUACCAGGCAGGCAUCAACCAGCGCUUCCACGCUGCUCGCCACAAGUUCCAGGGCCACACUGAUCCAGAGCCACAGCAGGAUGGAAGAGGAGGUGGCAGCCUACCCCACUCCCCUAGAGACCUGUCCCCGUCCCCUGAGUGCAUCCCCGUCCCUGUCCAAAGCCCGGCCAAGCAUCUGGCCCGCAGCACCGUCACCCACGUCCUGUCCCGCUUCACAGUCCAGCAGGGGGCCAAACCUCCGCCACCCAACAGCUCUCCCUUCGGCACUGACUACCGUAACCUGGCCCUGACCCCCUCCUCCCCGGUCAUCCCCAGGGCCUCUGGUGCUGCUCUCCCUCUGGGGGUCUGCUCCCCAACCAUCCCCCGAGCAGACAGGGGCAACCCGCCUCCCAUCCCCUCUAAGAAGCCUGGCCUGGCCCAGUCUCCAGCGCCAUCCAUCCCUGGUACCAGAGCCAGCCACUUUCCUGAGCUGUCAGGAAGCUGUGGUCUCACCAGCGGCCAGGAGAAUGUUAAAGAGCUGGACAUGGUGGUUUCCUCCGUCAGUUAGCCUAGCCUCCUACUGAGUGCUACUAGCGCUGUGCUCUUUUAUACCGCUCACACGUUCGUGUGCUGAGGCACGCUGCAAAACACUGUCAAGUUAACUGUAUUUAUUUUAUUUUUGACAUGCAUUCUGCUUCAUUCUUCUUGUAGCACAAUAGAUGUGUUUGUAUUUAUGCAUUUUGGGUUUGUUGAUAAUUUAAUAUAAGGAGAAUAAGCAGUAAUUAAGAGUAAUGGGCCAACAUGCAUGUUAGUUGCUGGGUACUUUUCAAAAGUUUGCUAAGAAAAGCAUGUAAUGUCAUGGGACAAUCAAAUGUCGCUACUUAUAAUGCAGCUUUUGAAUUUGAGCUUGGAAAUAAGCAUUUCUCUAAAUCAAGAUUGGGAUUUAGCCUAAUACCGAACAAAAUAAGAGAGUUUGUCUUAAACUGCAGAGUUUAAUACUGAACCAAGGCCGCUUACAAACACAUUAUUAUAAUGUUAUAUUUCCUAAAAUGGCACAUGAUUAUAACAUUCCAUAUCUUCAAGGCUUAAUAAGUUGGCAGUAUUCUGUGUAUAUGCAGUAUUCUGUGUAUGUGCAGAAUUCUGUGUAUAUGCAGUAUUAUUAAUACUACUAUGUAUUAUGUGUAGUGUAACUACUAUGAAAAUAUAUUAUAUUUGCUCUCAUACCAAUCGUCUGGUCAAACAUUUACAAUGUAUAUUUUUACAUGAGCACAAUAUAUCUCUUUUACACCCGCAUAUUGGUUUGUCAUAUACAGUUGAAGUCGGAAGUUUACAUACACUUAGGUUGGAGUCAUUCAAACUUGUUUUUCAACCUCUCCACAAAUUUCUUGUUAACAAACUAUAGUUUUGGCA